AUGGCAUUUCAGUAUGAUUACACUCGAGAAAAGAUUGGUUGGAUGAAAGAAUUCUGGAAGGAUACCAAAGAAAAUGUCAAAAUACCAAAACGUAAAGCUACCCAAGACGAUGUUAAGACGAUAAAUGCAGAAGUCAAUGUAGCCAGUAGUGAUAUGCAAAUUUUCAACACUGAACAGCUUGCGUUAUUCGACGGAAGUAGAGCUUCUAGGCCAGUUUACCUUGCCAUACUUGGACGAGUCUAUAAUGUUGAUAAAGGAAAGAAACAUUACGGGAAAGGUGGAGGAUAUCACUUCUUUGCUGGGCGUGAUGCUACCCGCGCUUUCGUAAGUGGCGAUUUCACUGAGGCCGGACUUGUGGAUAACACUGAUGGUCUCUCACAUGAGGAUCUUUUAGGCAUUCGAGAUUGGGUGUCAUUUUAUGAGAAAGAUUACAAGUUAGUGGGCGUAUUAGUUGGCAGAUAUUAUGAUUCCAAUGGAAUGCCGACGAAGGAGCUAAAGCAUGUGCGUUCUUUUUACAGUGUGUUGGCUCGCAUGCAGACUGCAGCGGAGUGGAAGAAAUCGAAAGCCGAUGAAGCUGAAGUUUGUUUUGUUUUACGUUUUUUACAAUAUACAUUUUGGUCUCAUUCAUUUCCAUCAAAUCCAAGUAAUUGUUGUGUGUUUCCCCCUUGCAAUAGUGAAUGGCAUCAGAAUAGUGGUGGCCGUGUUUGGUGUUCGAUGAAGAGUGGCGGAAUUCAGCGAGAUUGGGUGGGAGUACCUAGGUUGCUGUAUGACCCAAAUACAAAGCAGCAGCGUUGCGCUUGUGUGAAAAACUUUGGCACUGGUUUGUCUUCCUACGGUGAAAAAGGCAACCGUGGCGACCUGGAUCAUCCAAAUUUGAGGACCAACAUUCCAAGAAAAUUUUAUAGA